AUGGCGACGUCCUCCUCGUCGACCGCUGAGCGGAUACAAGAAGCUCGGGAGAUCCAGAAGAAGGAUCCCUCCAAGGCUGGAACCGUCUACCAGGAGAUCCUUGCUCAAGGUCCUGGGUCGUCGGAAUCUUCGUCUCGCAACUAUGAGAAUGCCUUGAUUGGGCUGGGACAAGUCUAUCGAGAUGAGAAGAAGGCGAAUGAGAUGGCGGAGCUCAUCCAGACCAGCCGUGAUUCAUUCUCGUCAUUCGCCAAAGCAAAGACGGCCAAGAUUGUCCGCCAGCUGUUGGACCUUUUCAGCGAAAUCCCGAACACCCUCGAUAGCCAAACUGCCGUCAUCCAGUCCUGCAUCGAAUGGGCAAUCGCCGAACGACGGUCAUUCCUUCGCCAAAACCUCCAGGUCCGCCUGGUAGCUAUCUACAUGCAGAAACAGACCUACUAUGACGCUCUUACCCUUAUCAACCCCCUCCUGCGGGAGCUGAAGCGCCUGGAUGACAAGCUCAUGUUGGUCGAGGUGCAGUUGUUGGAGUCCCGUGUGUAUCACGCUCUGGGGAACCAGGCAAAGGCCCGUGCGGCACUGACCGCUGCCCGAACUUCUGCUGCCUCCGUCUACACGCCGCCUACCUUGCAAGCUAGUCUGGACAUGCAGAGUGGUAUGCUCCACGCGGAGGAUAAAGACUUCAACACUUCAUAUUCGUACUUCAUUGAAGCCUUGGAGGGGUACAGCUCGCUCGACGAGAGUGAAAAGGCGACCGCAGCGCUCCAGUACAUGCUGCUUUGCAAGAUUAUGUUGAAUCUCGUGGACGAUGUGACGAACUUGCUAGGUUCCAAGCAAGCCCAGAAAUACGCCAGUCCACGCCUGGAGGCUAUGAAGGCUGUGGCCCGAGCCCACUCCAACCGGUCCCUGGAGCAGUACGAACAAGCCCUGUCGGAUUAUCGAUUCGAGCUGGGCAGUGACGUGUUUAUCCGUAACCACCUUCGUCGACUGUACGACGCCAUGUUGGAGCAGAACCUGAUCAAGGUCAUCGAACCGUUCAGCCGCGUCGAGCUGGACCACAUUUCCAAGAUGGUCGGGCUAGACACACAGCAAGUGGAACGCAAGCUGUCCCAAAUGAUUCUGGAUAAGGUGAUCAUUGGCGUGUUGGACCAGGGUGCGGGAUGUCUGAUCGUCUUUGACGAGACGGAGCGCGACCAAGCGUACGACGCGGCAUUGGAUACCAUCGAGAAGCUGAGCAAUGUGGCCGCCCAGCGCUCUCCUGCCACGCCUCGUCGCGGUCCCCCGGGACCACCAGGACCUCCUAUGCCGAUGCCCAUGCCCCAACACGCUGUUCCCCCCCAGUACAUGACUGCCCAACGCCCCAUGGGGACCUUCCCCAACGACGCGGCCCUCCGUCGCAGUCGCAAGCCCACGGACAAGAACAUCCCCGAUGACGUCGAGGAAGUGAUUAUCGGAGAAGGUGUACAGCAGUACAAGAGCCUGCGCGAACUCGAGAAGCGACUGGACAUCGCCAUCGUGCGGAAGCGUCUCGACAUCCAGGACUCGAUCAGCAAGACCGUCAAAAAGUACCGCACGAUGCGCAUUUGGAUCUCGAACACAGUGGAGGGUCAGCCGUGGCAGAGCAACGAUGCCCAGAACAGCAUGGCCCCAGGGAGCAAUCCGGGCUCCGGGAGCUACAAGGUGCGCGUCGAGGGCCGUCUGCUGGACGAUGGCUCCGACACCACGGCGCCCGAGGACAGUGAAGACGAGGACGAGGGUGAGGAGCAGGAGCAGGACCAGGCGAAUGGAGACGCGAUGGAUCAUGAUGGCCCUUCGGAGGCCAACAAGUCGGCUCCGUCUAAGCGGGCUAAGCAGCGCUUCUCGCAUUUCUUCAAGGCGAUCACGGUCGAGUUUGAGAAGUCCUCGACGGCGAACCCGGAUGAGGUCAAGCCUGUCCACUGGGUCAAGCCCCAGCUGCCGGCGAACGCUGUGACGCUGCCGCCUACCGCGGAUUUUGAUUCCUUGGAGUUCUCGCGAGCUUCGCAGGAUAACUUGAAUGUUACUGUUAGUCUUGUUAGGGAUGAGACGCCUGAGCGAUACAAGUUGAGCAAGGAGCUGGCAGAGGUUCUCGAUGUUGAGGAAGAGACCCGAAGUGGCAUCGUUCUGGGCAUCUGGGACUACAUUCGCGCCAUGGGACUGCAGGAGGAUGAAGAGAAGCGGUUAGUCCGCUGUGACGAUCGGCUGCGAGCGAUCUUCGGCCGGGAUCAGAUGUUCUUCCCUCAAAUCCCCGAAAGCAUCGGACCCCACACCAGCCCCAUCGAGCCGAUCAAGCUCCCGUUCACCAUCCGCGUCGACGAGGAGUUCCAAAAGUCUCCUAUGCCCACGAUCUACGACAUCCAAGUAGCCGUGGAGGACCCGCUCCGCUCCAAGAUGAUCUCCCUGACACAGAACCCGCAGUACUCCGGGGUGGCUCUCAUCAUCCAGGCCCUGACACACUCGCGCGCCCGCCACUCGUUCUACACCGCCCUGAGCAAGGAUCCCGCUACCUUCGUCCGCCGCUGGGUCAACUCCCAGCGCAGGGAUCUCGAAACCAUCCUCGGCGAAGCCACUCGCGGCGGCGGCGAAGACGGCAGUGGACCUGAGUUCCGCCGCGGCGGUCCCAAUAGCGCUUGGGAUACGCCUGUUGCGCGUGAAGCGGUGCGGUACAUGCUUGCCAAGCCAGAGGCUAUCAUGGGACGGUAA